UUAUUCACGGAUACGACGGUAUGGCGGGCUGGUGUCUUGUAGGGUUCUUUGUGGCUGUGCUUGGAAGCUCGGUAUUAGCUUACCCUAAGGUAACUUUUCCCGAAAAUGCUCUGCGCAGUCAAAACCGUAUUGUGUCAGGUUGGGAAGCAACUGAAGGUCAGUUCCCUUACCAGAUCUCACUUCGGAUGGUGAACCUGGAUGGUAGAGUUAACGGUUGUGGUGGUACCAUCAUACACCAAGAAUGGGGACUAACUGCAGCACAUUGUACUGCCACCCGUGUGACAAUAGUCAUCCGUACCGGUACUCUUAACCUCACGAGACCUGAAGGCAUCUUUGAGACCACAACGUACUACAAUCACCCGCAGUACAUCGAGGCUUUGCAAUCUGUGGUUCAACCGCACGAUAUCGGUCUACUAAAGUUCAACCGCGUCUUGCAAUUUACAGACCGUGUACAGCCAGUACGCCUGCAGUCUUCGUUCGACGCUAACAAGGACUACAGUGACGUGAGGCUACAAGCCAGCGGUUGGGGACGUACAUGGACUUUAGGUGAGUCUCCGGAGAACCUAAAUUGGGUGUUCUUACGUGGUGUGUCGAACGCGUUCUGCCGCGGUCUGUACGGCAGCAUUGUGAUCGAUUCUACGAUCUGCGCCAGCGGCUAUAACGUUACCAGCCAGUCUACUUGCCAGGGUGAUAGCGGCGGACCUCUGCUAGUAGAAGACGUGGACGGCCAGCCUACUCAGAUCGGUAUAUCAUCUUUCGUCUCUGGCACCGGUUGCCACACUGACUUCCCUGCUGGUUUCAUCCGUACCGGUCCUUACCAUGACUGGAUAAGCGAAGUGACAGAAUUGAAUUUCGACGUGCAAGUGGAACCUACCACCACGACCAUUGGUAUCGAUACCACCACCGCGGAACCUGUACCUACCACAGUAUCCGAAGCUGAACCUACCACCGUUAGUGAACCAGAACCCACCACGGUUUCGGAACCUGAAACCGAACCAGAAGUUUUAGAAGCACCAAGCAAAUAUUUCUUCUGGUUCAGAUUCUAAAAUAAUUUACUAGUAAUAUUUGACACUUAUUAUAUCGGAGUUGUUCAAUAACUAAAUUAUUAUUGAAAUGUAA